AUGGGAGGUAAAGAGCCGAAAUACAUAAUAACAGACCAGGACCAGGCGAUGAAGACUGCAAUAAAGGAAGCUCUUCCGAGAACGAGGCACAGGUUCUGCUGGUGGCAUAUUAGGAAGAACCUGAGGGAAAAUAAUGCAGCAGUGUUUGCGCAGCACCCAGGGAUGUCUGAUGAUUUAUUUCGAAUCGUCAAAAACUCACUAGAUCAAGACGAGUUUGAGCGUGCCUGGAAAGCAGCAAUUUCUGUGCACAAGGCGGAAGGCAACAAACACCUGAACACGCUGUGGGAACUCCGAAAUUUCUGGGUACGGGCCUACUUCAAGGACUGCUUCUAUCCUUUCUCGUCAACAACCACUCGCAGUGAGAGCACGAAUUCGAUGUGGAAGAAUUACGUCGACCACAGGGACACUAUAAAAAGGUUUGUUGAUGUGUAUCACAUGAUUCAGCAAAAUUGCCUCGCCACGCUUGACAAGAAAAGACACCGAACAGAAGAGAAGGCGCCAUCACUAGAGACGGGUUUUCCGAUUGAAGACAAGCAAGUCAAAAAAGAGAAGGCAUACCAUGUGCUGCAUGAAUGUACGGUAGAUAUGAAAAUAAAAGUCAUGGCCGCAAUUGCUGAGGAACCAGACACAGGCAUUCUUGCCGAAACUCUCAAGAACCCUCCCAUGAGUGGCUCAAAGGGCACGAAAAAAGGAGAUCGAAUCAAAGCUGGUUCUGAGAAGAAAGGAAAAGGCAACAAAGCCGCAUCCAAGUGCGGCCAUUGUGGAGUAAAGGGUCACAGGAAAACAAACUGCCCGGAUAACCCAGAAGUCCAGUAG